AUGUCAAGCACACCCAAUGCGGUAGAAGACUGGAUCAGGAAUCACGUCGGUGUUUCUUCCCCUGGGGCGGCCGGACAACACGGCGUCGCCGACGUAAUGAAAGGGGCAGUGCAUCAGGCUGAAGGUCCAUGCGCAGGAAGCGGCGGGGCCGGCGAAGAAAGGGAUGCGGAAGCCAGGCAGGGUGUCGAAGAGGACGAAGUGCGUCGACGAGUCGAGGGGAGGGCAAGCGGUCCUUUAUAG